AUGGGCUUCCGCGACUCGUUCAAAGACCUUCAGAACAAGGCCCAACAAGCCAUGAACGGCAACGCCCCUCCGAUACCCUGGGCCAGCAAGCCGUCUCACAACGCAGCACCAGCACCCGCUGCUUCACCAUACUGGCAACCCCAAUGCCAACCUCACGUCCCCGUGUCAGCGCACUUCCACCACGAACAAGGCAACUGGGGCUGGGGAAACAACGAAUCCCAAAACUACGUCGACGACCAAGCAAACUCCUUCCACACCCCUGAUGGCGCUAUAGUCGUCCACGCAGUCAUCAACCACGCGCACCCACAAGACGACAGAAAGUUUACUUCUGCAAGAUUAUCAUCACAUCAGACAUUGGACCGCUGUAGGGGUAGCUUGUCUGCACGUAUCACUGCUCCCAUGGCGCCCGGCAUCUGGCCUGCGUUUUGGUUGCUGCCCAAGGACCCAUUCACCUGGCCCACCGACGGAGAAAUAGAUAUUGCAGAAGCGUGGAAUGGAGACAAGACAAACCACACUUGUAUGCACUGGGGCCACUUCAACGGACCCGACCACGAUAAACACCGCGUUGUGGAAACACCUAUCCCCUCUAUCGAUUCUCCUCAAGGUGUGAGAUUCGACUUUGCCUGGGAGGAAGAUGAGGGCACCGGCAACGGCAGGAUGGUGUGGUAUAUUGAUGGACGUCCUGUCAUGAAGGCCAAUAAGCCCUCUGGAACGAGACCGAUGAAGGACUUUAGAAUCCUCAUCAACAUCGCUGUGGGCGGCAAUGUGUGUCAGGGUGUCAUGCCCAAGGACGGCACGUACGAGUUUGUUAUCAGGGAACUGGCUAUGUGGGAUGCUCCGCCCGGUGGCUGGGACAACUUCAACAGGGAUUGGAAGAACACGAGAGAAGGUCAUGGUAUGUGA